ACUUCGGUUGCUUCAAAAAAAAAGGAAAGGAAGGCGAAAUGUGUGUUUCACCAAAGUUGAUUUUCAGUAUGCUCGUGGGGAAGGAAGCUGGCGGUCAAGAGGGUGAAGUUGGAUCAAAAGCCCAGACUCACGGACAAUCAUUCGUUCCCGGCUUGAGCGCUGGGAAGUGCGCCAGAGGAGCAGCGACACUCGGCUUUGGCAGGGGGCAGGAAUCAUGGGGGCAUCGCAUUAAGUCCAGAUCAAGUCAUCAAUGAGCUUGUAGGCCAGCAAAAAACGUACCGUUUAACAAUGCGCCAAUCGCAAACCCGGUGGUAACUCCAGCUGCCGCGACCGAGUACGAUUCCCUCAGACCGCAGUUGCAGAAUGUGGCCCAAGGACGUCGGUUCUCGCAAAAUUAACCCAAUAGCACUUUUUAUAGGACAGGAAGGAUGUAGAAUAAUGCAAGUUCGGCGCAAAUGAGGACUUGGUGGGGGGAGGGCGAAGGACGACGAAGAGGAGGGAGGUGGAGGUUGACUUCACGAAGCGGGCAAUACGACAGUAAAGCGCUGCGGGAGGAUGGGCGGCAUAGAAGAGAGGAGGGUUGAUGUCAAGGUCUAUGAGAGACAAAUAGUAAUCCCGUAGCGAGCGAUUAUGGAAACGAUUGAGUAUGGAAGCCACCAGAGCGUCAGCGCAGAUAAAAAUGGCUGCUGCUGGUGGAGGGAGAAAGAAUGAUUGAUCAUGACCGAGAG